AUGGCGAAGAGACCUUCCAAGUCUCGAAUAUUAGCUUCGUCUUCAGCUUCAGCUUCUCCUUCUGCUUCUGCUAACAGCCCUGCAAAAGAGACUGAUGGGACAAUGGUGUUGAGGAUAAAGCCAACGGAGAAGAUGAAGAAGCAGAGAAAACCCAUGUCAAGAACGAAGCCCAAAACGGUGGCGAAGAAGAAAGCCGCGAAAAUUGACGCCAAGAAGCCCAAGAAACCGCCCACUGCUUUCUUCUACUUCUUGGAGGAUUUUCGUAAGGAAUUCCAAGAACGGAAUCCAGAUAUCAAGUCCAUGCGCGAUGUUGGCAAGGCUUGUGGAGAGAAGUGGAAAACAAUGACUUAUGAGGAAAAGGUUCAUUACUAUGAUAUAGCUACAGAGAAACGUGCAGAGUUUGACAGUGCCAUGGCGGACUACAUCAAAAGAAAGAAGCCAUUGCAGGAAAGUGGGGAGGAUCAGGAGUCUGAGGAUGACUCGGAGUUCGAGUAA